AUGUCCAACAAAGAAUCACCAACUCCUUCUCUACUUUCAAUGAUACAACCAUCGCCACCACCACCUCCUCCUAAUAAAGAAAUAGAGGAUUCUAUCACUGUUAACUCUCAACCUAGUGUAAUUGAUAAACAAAAAGAUCAAACCCAACCAUCUGCUAUUCCUCAUUCCUCACUCUCAGAAUUUAAUCCUGUUGAAAGACCUCAACAACAACCAGUGGCCCAAGAAGAAAUAACUGAAUUUAAAAAGAAACAAAGAAAAUUAAGAGAUGAAUCAGAAAGAGUUAAGUGGCAAUCAAACGCAGAAUUUAUUAAAGAUGUAUUAACUAAAGACCGUACAAAGGCAGGAGAAACAAAGCCACGAAAGAUUAUCCCAUUCAAUAGCCAGAUUGAAAAGAAACUUGAAGAAAUAAUCAAAAAUAUUAGAAAAGAUCUUCAGGGAAUACAAAGAAUUUCAGCAAAAAUGUGUUGA